GACGUCUCGAGCUCCUGGAGAUGCGCCCCUGGCAACAGCUGCACCCCGCCGGCAACAAUCGCUUCCAUUACUUCGAGUAACUAUACGGAAAACACCGUCUAAUUCAUAAUCGCCCCGCACCGAGCCUCGCAAUGGGCUCCCGACUCCACAACGCGCCCAUCGUCCUCGACAACGGCAGCGGAACCAUUCGCGCGGGCUUCGCCGGCCAGGAUCUGCCAAAAUGCUUCUUUCCCUCGUUCGUGGGCCGGCCGAAGCACAUACGGACAAUGGCAGGCGCGCUGGAGGGCGACGUGUUCAUUGGGCCGCAGGCACAGCAGUAUAGGGGGCUUUUCAAGAUCAACUACCCGCUCGAGCACGGCAUAGUCACCGACUGGGACGACAUGGAGCGGAUAUGGCAAUAUGUGUACACGGAAGAGUUGAAGACGGUCAGCGAAGAUCACCCUGUCCUCCUCACGGAACCGCCGCUGAACCCCCGGGAAAACCGCGAUACGGCCGCACAGAUACUGUUCGAGACGUUUAAUGUGCCUGCUCUGUACACAUCGGUGCAAGCCGUGCUCUCGCUGUAUGCAUCGGGGAAGACAACCGGUAUCGUGCUGGACUCUGGUGAUGGUGUGUCGCACGCGGUGCCUGUGUUCCAGGGCUUCGCCAUACCCAAUAGCAUCAGGCGAAUCGAUGUAGCAGGAAGAGACGUCACCGAGCACAUGCAGCAGCUGCUACGGAAAAGCGGACGGGUGUUUCACACAAGCGCGGAGAAGGAAACGGUCAAGGACAUCAAGGAGAAGGCUGGUUACGUCGCUCUGGACCCAGCAAAGGAGGAGAAGGAGUGGUCAGGCGCCGCGCGAUCGGACAACAAGAGCAUUGAGUACACGCUUCCAGACGGACAGAAGCUCAAGGUUGGCGCCGAACGGUUCCGGGCGCCGGAGAUUUUAUUCAAUCCCGAGAUCAUCGGUCUCGAGUACCCCGGCGUGCACCAGAUUGUGGUCGAGGCCAUCCACCGGACGGACAUGGACCUCCGCAAAGCGCUCUACGGCAACAUUGUGCUCUCGGGAGGGUCUACGCUGACGAAAGGUUUUGGUAACAGGCUGCUCCACGAGGUGCAGCGGUUGGCGGUUAAGGACAUGCGCAUCAAGAUUCUUGCGCCCCCUGAGCGGAUAUACACCACGUGGACGGGCGGCAGCAUUCUUGCGGGUCUGAGCACAUUCAAGAAGAUGUGGGUCGAAAAGGAUGAAUGGCAGGAGAACCCGGACAUCAUCCACACCAAAUUCGCAUAGGCGACGCGUUGUGGUCUCGCAGGCUGCCAUUUGCUCGCCUGCUUCUCCGCACCGCCGGUCUCCCGCCUCCACACCCACUUAGACGUUCUUCGGGACGCUUGCAUGACGCUCGGACGGCCGUGUUAGUCAUGGAAUCGGACUCGCACUCCCGGCAACCACACCAGCCCUGUAUUUUGGGAACGCCGAGGGUCAUCAGGAUCGACCUGGCGGGAGUGCUAAGAGGCGGUUUGUUUCCCCGCAUUUGGUCAAUCUUGGACAAGCACGCUUGCGGUCUGGUCCCUGUUUCUGUUACUUAACUUUUCUCACCAUGGCAACGUGGAGCAGCGUCGAUUGCGUAUAGAGUGGAGGCUGCGGAGGGUACAGACGUGAGCGUUGCAGUGCAUGACUGGCGUUUUGUGCUCAUCGGAUACCCUGUGAUUUUGUAGCAUCGCCACGGCACCUGAGCACAGUGUCGGUUGGCAAUAGAAGCGUAUGC